AUGGUGAAUGUUGCAGCCACUCCAGUUGAAAUGUCGAAUUCGUAUGUCUUCCACAUAGACUUAAGCGGCCUUGUCCUUCACAAUGAAAUCAAAGUUUAUGUAGAGUGUGACAAAACUCUUGUCGUUAGAUACGGGGCCAGCUUCAACAAGGAGGCGCUUUCAAUGAAAUUUGAUCUCCCCAAUAAUGCAAAUGUAGAUUCAGCCUCUGCAGUUUUUCACAACGGAAUAUUAUUCGUUACUGUUAGCAAAUUUAAUCGUCCAAGCACGGCGAAGUUGGUCAAGGUGAUGAAAGGGAGACUUGACUGA